AUGGGGGCUCCCCGCAGGCGGUCCCUGGCCGGCCAGACCGUCAGUGUUGCCGUGUCCGAAUCUGGCGUCUUGGACGAGACUGCCGUCCAAGAAAAACAAACCCGGCCCCAGCUUGGGAUCAGCGUCGCGCUUGCGACGUCUCUCACUAUUUUCGCACUGCUAGUUAUCCUUGCAUACUUCACAAAACCGGAGCACACUAAAUUGGAGGAGGGGCAGCUUUUGAGGGAGAGUCGCUUGGCUGGGGGAGAAACCGAUGGUGCGCAGAGGCGGGAGUUGAGGAUGCGGUUAAGCGGCAAUGUGGAGGGGUUAGGGCACCAAUUAGCGGCUAACCCGGUGGUUAACGACCUCCUGGGGGGGGGCUCGAGCAGCGGUAUUGCUGCACCGAUUGACGCCACCUUAACCCAAGUUAACCAGGGGAGCGUGGAAGAUGCGGAGAAAGGCAUGGUUAAGGAGGCUUUGGUGGAUCUAACCCUGCCACCAACUUUCGAAACUAACUUCGCUUCUGGCGAAACCCCCAGUGCAAUGCUGCCUAACAAGAUUCUUGACCUGUUCACAGACCAGCCCGCCGGAUACAUUCCGGGGGAGCUCCUUCCCCAGUCUUACGUCCCGGGGGGGGCUGUUCCAAACCUGUUCAACCUCCCCCCGUUCCCGUUAUAUACCCCCCCGGCAAAAAGUCUCGCCUCAAGGCUGGCUGAGGCGCUUCAUGGGUCAUCUGACGUCCCAUCGUCUCUCAAAGCUCAGGCGGCGAUGCUGAUUUUAGAGCAGUUCAUUCCAAAGCGGCUGUCGGACUUGCCCCUGUUUCACGGUCAGAGUGUGAAAAUCCCGGGGCUGCCUGCGGUGAGCCUGCCCAAGCUGGACGUGGAGAGUAUUUACACCUUGGUCGUCAAGGCGCAGGAGGCCAGGGAAGAUCUGUUGGGUUUCGUGAUCCAGGAGACUCUCGCGAGGGUGCUGCCAAUUGAGAACUACCGGAGCAUCAUCACAGCCGUCGAGUGUUCAGCUGAGCAGAUGGUUGUCCACGCUCUAGACACGACGCCCCUUCUCAGCUGGCCGGUCGGAGCUCUCCUCAUCGGCGACUCUGAGUGGGGCUGCGCCAAUUUUACCGGGGGCUCGGGCCCCUUCUACCGGGCGAUCAAGAGCGUGGCGACUGCAGCGGGCAAUUCCGUCAUUAUUACUUUUGAGAAAGAUGCGACGCACAUUCUGAGAGAUCUCAACUUGCCGGACCCCUCCCAAGCCGUCGGCCCCGCGGCCGCGGUCGCGCGCGAGCUACUCCACUGCACCACCCAAGCCUUCGACGCGCUGCCCAUCGACUUCGACAAACUCGCUUCCGAAUGUUCCGUCGUCGAAUCUGACUGCCUCGCCGGCGCGAUUCCGCUGGGCGCGAGAUGCGCGUCGGCGAUCCAGAGCGCGGCAUAUGCCGCGGCCGGGCCCGCGAGCACGCUCGUCGGCGUAGCGAAGUGCGCGCAGGUGGUGACAGCUGUCCUCGCGCAGGAGCACGCGGGGCGGCUGUUCACGGAGGGAGCUGUGAUGGGCUGCGGCGUGCUUCAAAACGCAUUUGCCCCGGGCAACGACUCCCUCAGCCAAUGCAUAUCUGGGUUCAACUUCACCGCCCUCGACGAGACCCAGUACGCGCAGCACGCGCGCGCAUGCCAGGACGACUCCUCGGCCGCCACGUGUUGCGCCAGCGUCCAAGCGGUCGCGUCCAAACUCCUGGCGGCAAACCCGGAGCAAGCGUCCGCAGUGCUUACGGACGCGGUACUCAGCGAGGGGUGUACGCACGCGCUGAAGGUUCGGAUGGGGCUGACCAACCAGAGCUUGGAGCAUUGUUCUGCCGUCUUUCCCACCAUCGAGACGCUCCUAGAGGGCAUCCAGUGCGCCGGAAAAAGUGCCGCCCAGGUGGCGAAGACGUUCGACGCCGGCAAAAUUGCCGUGGCGUGUGCACCGCUUGCCGGCGCGAGCGCUUCUUGCGGCGAAGAGAUUGCGAAGGCUGCAAAGGAACUCGCCGGAGGUGACAGCUCAGAGGGCUGCGAAGCGGCCGUCGUGAUGAACCUUUUCGCGAACCACUUUGACGUGGCGUUCUUUGCGCUAGCUCAGGUUCCGGGAGCCGCUACUAUUGGCGCCUCGCUUCCAUGGCUGAACCAGCUGAAAGACCAAGUCGCUCAGAUUCCCUACACCGUUUCGUCUUUCCCCUCGCUCUACAAAGCAGCUUUGGGCGACCUCUCUCAAACCCUAAACCUCAAAACCCUUUCGGACGCUCUCGCCGGUUGGGACUCCGCGGACGUCCGAACCCUGUCCGCGGCGUUCGCGCGCGUGCCCGCGCCCCUGCGCUCCGCGGCCGCCGCGCGCAUCGCGCGCGCGCUGAACCGCGGAACGGGUUUCGCGUCAGCGGCCUACAGCAUCGCUUUGGACGCCCAAGCCCUGGCGGGUUUGAUCGCGGGUUACCCGACCCUCCCUAACGGCCUUCCUAACCUGCGAUUAAGCCCGGAAACCCUGCUGUUACUGGCGCCGUUUCUCCCUAAUCGAAUGCCGGCUAUGGCUGAAGAGGGGCUUCCCUUAAACCCGGAAAUCCUAACCGCACUCUCCGAAGCUUAUCACAGCCUUCCCCAUGGACUCCCCGCUCUAACCGUUGACGCCGUAACCAUGGGUUUUCUCAGUGGUUAUCUUCCUAACCUUCCCCUAGAGCUUCUAUCGGGCUCCGUACCCCCGCUGCUGUUCGGCGAGGUCUUCCUGGCGGAGGUUUUGAAAACGGGUUUGCCAAACCUGGAUCAUAACCAGAUUGCGGACUUCUUAAAGAAAGCCCUCCCAAACCUGCCGGUAGAACCGGAGACACUGAUGGAAAUGGCUAAGGAGCAGUUUCCUAACGGCGUAAACCCGAAGACGAUCCGUUCCUUGUUGACGAAGAAGCUGUCCAGCGUCGAAGCCUUCCAGAUAGCACCGACGGAACUGUCGAACGUGGUUACCGCCAAUCUGCCCAUGCUGCCAUUCGACGUCGAAAGAUUGGACGGGCUUUUGGGUACCCUCUUCCCUGAAGGGAUCAUAAACGUGACCACCCUUCGAAAAUUGGCGACAAGAGCGUCGCAAAUGGAUAGGGCUGAGCUUAUCCAGGCCAUAAGCAGUCGCCUCCCGGAAGGAAGCAUCACAACGCGCCAGCUGGCAGAUCUGACGGCGGAGAAGCUCCCAAUGCUCAAGGUCGACGGCCCCAAGCUUGCGGACGUCCUCGCGACUUUCUUUCCCGACGGGCAGAUCAAUCGAACGUCGAUCGGAAUCCUUCUGAGGGAGAAGCUUCUGACCGCUGACGUCAGCCCGAAAGAACUCAUCGCGCGCGCGCGUGCUUACAUGGCGCGCGCGGGCGGCCGCGUGACGCCCGAAACGCUCCAAACCUUCCUGGGCACCCAUCUUCCGUUCGUCGGACUGGGCUCAACUGAACUCCAAACCCUCGCGCAAACCCUUUCCCAAACCCUCCUUCCCGCGCUAACUCUCGCGCAAACCCUGUCCGAGGCUCUAUCUCUAACCGCCAACACUGCCAAGGACGUCGCCCUUUACGAAACGGAAGUCUUGAUUGCUCUCCAAAUGCUCGUUUACAUGCCGGAAAUUAUCCACGCUAACACCGCGUUUCCCGGCGGGAUGGGCGCGCUCCCCUUGCUUUAUCUCCCGCUGCUAGUUCUUGGCCCUGCCAACGUUUUGCCUCAUCUGGGAGCGACGGAGGGUCUCUUUAAAGUCCUCGACGGACUUUCGGGUAUCCUGACUCCGCACCCUUCGGCCCCCCACUUCGACUGCUGCCCUCUCGAUUUCUCCAUUCCCGGUUCCGUUUACACGGACCUCUCAACCAACUGCCAAUCCGGAAGCGACGCUUAUGACGUGUAUUCGUGCUGCGGCGCCGUGCGGCUCGCGUUUCUGAAAGUCCUGGAAGCGAACGCGGCUAUUUUGCCGCCGGAGGUUUCGUCGCGCGCGCUGGCCGACGCGUGCGGCGCGGGGUUUAAGGCCCACCUGACGGGACUUUACAAGUACGAUCUAGGCGAUCCCACGCUUUCUCUAGACGAGUUCUGCGCCCCUGUAGCCGGCUUCGGAAUCAUCCCCGAUCUAAAUGUCGCCGUCGAGGCCCUGUUCAGCGACUGCCCACAUCGCGACCUGGCUUCCGUCGCCCUAGCCGCGGAUCUCGGCGCCCUAACAGGGCCUUGCCAAGACGCUUGCGCCGGCGAUUAUUCACACAACGAUCCCGAGGAGGUGUCCGCGCACUGGAAAGCGUGCAACGCCGCGAUAUGGGAACACGCCGACGCUCUCGCGGGCGAGGAGAGCGCGGCCGCGCGCGCGGCGUGCGCGGGGGUGGUGCGCGCGCGCCUCGAGCAGGCGUACUUCGGCAGCCUGUUCAACAGCACGGUGACGGACUGCGGCAGCGUCUUCGAGGGAACCCCUCUCGCGCCCUACCAAUCGCCCCCUCUUUUCAUGCCACCCCCAUCUGUGACUCCAACGCCCACAGAACCCUCACCCAAACCCGCAAUCAGCCCUUCACCCGAACCGUCGCCAAGCGCGCACCCGUCGCCGUCCCCUUCACCGUUAUCGCGAGCGACUCCGGUCCCGACCAAAACUCCCGCGCCUCUAGUUGCAACCGUCACGAUGGGGAUGGCGCUCAUCGGCGCGGCCGCCGAAGAGUUCGACGACGCGUCGAAAGAAAAGUUUAUCAGCUCGUUUGCAGUGGCGCAGAAACUCGACCCGUCAGCCGUGAAAGUGACGUCAGUCUCGUUCCGCGUGUCGCAAAGCGUGUCGCUCGACGGCAUCUCGUUCAACGAGUGGAACACCGUCGGAUCCUCCGCCUUCAUCAAAUCGAUCGCAACCGCGAGCAACGUCUCAAUUUCAGCCGUCCACGUGGACGGUCUGGACGUCAGCGACCGGAGGCGGCUGCUCUCUGCUGACGUCACGCCGGAUGGUCGCCAGCUGCUGGCGUCGGGGCAGUUUACCGUACGGUUUAGCAUUAACUGCACGCAGCCUGACCAGGCUGUUAACGUGGCGAAUUCGGUAACCCAGGUUCUGAACACAGGCGGCGUCGCGGCCGCGCUCGCGGCCCAAAACCUCCACCCCUCCGUGACGAUCGUCGACGCGCCUCACGUCGCGGUCGCGCUCACGAUCGAGGUCGUCGUCGCGGUCGCGGACCAGGCGGCCGCGGCCGCGCUCGCGGCCGCGAUGCAAACUUCCGUGGACGACGGAACCCUCCAGAGGGUGCUGGUCUUCUACGGCAUAUAUGCUGACGUUGUGAUUACGCAGCCGCCGUUUACGGCGAUUGAGGGGACGCCGCGGCCGCCGCCGCCGCCCUCGGAUGAGGUUCCGGUGGCGCAGAUCGUCAAGGCUGGGUCGAAUACUGGCUUGAUUGCGGGGAUUGUCGCGGGCUGCGCUGUGGGAGCCGUUCUCGUCGCCAGCGCGACGGCCUACUUCAUUCGAAGGAGGAACCAAAUCUUCGAUCAGCACAUGCCCCGCCCCGUUCGGCUGGUGAUCUGA